GAGGUUUCACUAAAAUGAAUUCUUCCUGUCGGCGGGAAUGCUAAGUGAAAAGAACACAUAAAGGGGUUAAAAAGACAUGGCUUCGGGAACAAGAAAAUCGGGUCGGUUUUCUUCGGAAGCCCCAGAUAACACUAUAGCCGAUAUAUGGGUUUACUCCCAGCGCCAGGCUGCAGGACAGUUUGACCCAGAAGAAAUGAACAGAAAUAUUGACAGAAGAAGGCAGCUGAGAAAUGAAGGCUCAAACAGACAGUCAUUUGGAACUCUGCUAACAGAAAAUCAGUCGCCAAAAACAAGAAGUCAACAGAGAAGUGCUAAUGUUAAUGUACAGAGAUCUUUACAGUUGCUUGAUGAGGCUGUGGGGACUCCUGGGCCUCUGCUUAGAUCUGCCAGGAAAACUCCCCUUAAACAUAGCUCAUACACUCCUAAGCCCAUUCCUACAUCUGCCAAGUUUGAUGUCUCUGCCACACUUGGUGCCACACCAGGACAGUCCAUGAUGAUGGAGACUCCUAUGUCCCUCUCACAGGUAUCUAGAGUAGGUGAAAGUUUCAAUGACAGCUUGGGCUUCACUCCAUUAAGAACUGGUGCUCAAGAGCCUCAUGGUAUGGAUGAGGACAUUACCACCACCAAUGUCGCCUUGCUUCUUGAGGAAGAUCCAGGACUUGCAGCAUCAACAGGGUUAUUUGGGGAUUUUCUCCAGGCUGUCAAAGAUCACCCUGCAGAACCUCAGGUGUUUGAUCUGAUAAAGAGCUAUACACAGGUCUGCAGUGAACAAGUUGUUCUGCUUAAGAAAUUAAUUAACAGAGCCACUCCUGGGCAUUCUAGAUUCACUAAAACCAUAGAUGUGUUGAAUAUACUUGAACAGGAGAAGAACACAUGGGCUUUGGUUGGGUCUCUGUUUCGAGACCGCCUGGAAACUGAGGUCAAGGGGGAUCAGGAGGAUAUGAUAGUGGACCAACUGGGAAAAAAGAUGAGUGAGAAAGAAAUCGUGGACAGACUAUAUGAGACAGACCACAGUUUAAGGCAGGGUCAGCUGGUGAUUGACUGGUUAGAACAAGUGGCUGCUGGAGAGCUGGAAAACUAUUAUGACAAAGUGGAGUUCUUUUCAGACCAGUCUGUUACAUGGGAGAACACACUUCAUUCCUUACAGCAAAGAGCUGGGGCUGUUCCUGCAGGCUACAACAGACCAAUUGUGGAUAAAAUGGACCCUGAUGCUCCAGUCAGACAGAAACGACCUCUAGCUGACCUUGACCAGGAAGACGAGGGCCGUCUACUUAAAUACAUCUUUGUUUAUAUCAGGGCUGGGCAAUUAGAUGAGGCUCAGCGUCUGUGCUCUAAGUGUGGCCAGGCAUGGAGGGCAGCUACUCUGGAGGGGUGGAGACUGUACCAUGAUCCCAAUUACCACAGCCUAGGCCCAGGGGGUGAGGUCUCUGCUGUGGAGGGGAAUCCAUACAGAGAUGUGUGGAAGGCAGUGUGUUGGAGGAUGGCACAGGAGGACAGAUUUAACCUGUAUGAGAAAGCCACAUAUGCAGCACUGAGUGGUAACCUGAAAGAGCUUCUUCCUGCCUGUGAGACAUGGGAAGAUUGUCUGUGGGCCUACUUCAAGUGUAUGGUGGAUGCCAGGGUGGAGCAGGAGAUCAGAGUGGCCACUAUGACUGACAGACCUCUGGAGCAGCUGCCGGGAGCCUUCUGGGAUAAAAUGUUAACACCACAGGCAAUAUUUCAAGAGAUUCAAGCAAGUGACAAUGAUGAGGUCAGAUUGGAGGCAAAUGAAAAAUACCAUAUAAUUCAGAAGUAUGUCAUACUAGAUGAUGUGCCAGGUUUAAUAGAAGAGAUGUACAGCUGGUUGUCAAACUCUGGCAUUAAGCCUCCACACCAUCUUAUCCGCUUCAUGGCACACUUGGUACUCUUCCUCAGGACUAUAGGAAAAACCACUAAAGAAGAGAUGUGUACUUUCAUCCUAGAGAGCUAUGUGAUGAGUUUGAUAGAGGAGAAACACACCACCCUGGUUGCACAUUAUGUGUCCACUCUGCCUCAGGACCUACAGCUGGAGUGGUAUGCUAGGUUUUUACAAGGUAUAGAGGACAGGGAAGCCAGGCAGCAAUGUUUGGCACUAGCUGAAGAAGCUGGACUGGACAUUCCCAAUAUAACCAAAUUAGUGGUGGAGAAAAUAAGAACAAAGGGGCCUGAUUUUAAGAUUGACCGGGAUGCUGCAUUAGAAGCUGCUACUACAGAGGAAGACCAUCAGAAGAUAGAGGCAAUUGAUUGGCUGGUGUUUGAUCCAUCCCAGAGAGCAGAAGCUGUACGGCAGGCCAAUGCCGUCAUGAGGACCUUCAUAGCCUUGAAGAAGCAUGCUGCAGCCAGAGAAGUGUUCAGUAAAAUACCCCCUGGGUCCAUAGAUAUAAUAUAUAGAAAUUGUCAGAUGCAGCAUGGCACCACAGAGUUACCAGCAGAAGAUGACAAUGCAAUCAGAGAAUACUUGUGUCACAAGGCCUAUCUGGAUGCCCAUGAUUCUUUUAAUGACUGGUUUGAGCACUACCACAAUGCAAAGCCCAGUAAGCCAGAUGUUCCUCAAAAAGCCAGCUUCACUGAGAGGGUGGCCUUUGAGCACAGGGAGAAACAGUAUGAGGCAGAUAUGGAUAGGUGGCGCCGCUCCCUAGAGUUGCAAACCAAAACCACAGUGGAGAGAAUUUACAAUGUUUUACUAUUUGUUGAUGGAGGAUGGAUGGCAGAUCAAAGACAGGUUGGUAUGGAGGGUAAAGAUUGA